UGAUGAGGGAGUCAUAAACACGACACAUAUCAAAAUGCUGCUAUUGGAGCUGAAAAUUCUAACACUGAACAUUUGGGGUAUACCACUUGUAUCCAGCAAUCGCGCGCCACGUAUCGAGGCCAUUAGCAAGGAACUAAGCAGCGGUCAGUAUGAUAUUGUGUCCUUGCAGGAAGUCUGGUCACAGCAUGAUAGCGAGCAACUCCAGCAGGGCACGGCCAGUGUCCUGCCUUAUUCCCAUUAUUUUCACAGUGGUGUUAUGGGUGCUGGCCUGCUGGUGCUCUCCAAGUAUCCAAUUUUAGGUACACUAUUCCAUGCCUGGUCUGUCAACGGUUACUUCCAUCGUAUACAACACGCCGACUGGUUUGGCGGCAAGGGCGUGGGCCUUUGUCGAAUCCUGAUCAAGGACCAAAUCGUGCAUCUAUAUAAUGCCCAUUUGCAUGCAGAAUACGAUAACGACAACGAUGAAUACAAAACACAUCGUGUAAUUCAGGCAUUUGACACGGCCCAAUUCAUAGAGGCCACGCGCGGAACAUCGGUGCUGCAGAUACUGGCUGGUGAUCUUAAUACUCAACCUCAAGACAUUCCAUAUAAGGUGCUGUUACUUACCUCGAAGAUGACAGACAGCUGUGCGUCAGACUCGCUGCGAACCAAUGAGUGUAGCAGGAACUCGUACACAUCGUCCCGAGCGCUCAUCAAGAACCCUUUAGGCAUACGAAUCGAUCAUAUUUUUGUGAGGGGCGCAGAUAAUAUCAAGGCGGAUAUUAUUGACUAUACGCUACCAUUUCCAGACCGUGUGCCUGGCCAAAAGUUCAGUUAUUCGGACCAUGAAGCAGUGCUGGCUAAAUUAAGACUUACCCGUCUGCCGCCGGAACUUAAAGCAGCUCCAGUAGCAACUUCUGUAAAUACGGAGCAUGUAGAGUGCAAUAUUGUUGAAGAAGUCUGCCCGGCAGAGGGCGCUGGGCAUGCAAUAAAAGGAAUUGAAUCUAUGAAUGGCAUGGCCUGCACAGCUAAUGGCCAGUCCUUGCCUGCUGCUCGUACAGCAGCGCUGCACGAGUCAUUAGCUCUAUGCGAAGCUUCCCUCUUGCAAUUAAAUACUGAUCGUCUGUUAUAUUAUUGUGCAGCAACUGUUCUAUUUGUGCUCCUUGUGCUCUUGAUUGAAUUUGCACCACCGGUUGGACUUCAGACAAUUUAUUUACUGCUCAAGUUUAUUGUGUUUGGUGUCAUAUUAUUCUGCCUGUUUAUGGCUUCCAUUUGGAAUUACAUGGAACGCAAUGGAGUGCUGCAAGGCAAAAAAUCCAUGGAGGUAAUGCUGCAGCAUGCCCAGAAAUAUGAAUAUUUUUAUUGAUCCGAAUGGC